AUGUUUCAUUUGUUCAGAGGGUUGUAUGAUUCGUACAACAAGAAAAAGGAAUACUCAAUUUUGAUAUUGGGGUUGGAUAACGCAGGAAAGACGACAUUCUUGGAAAAGUUGAAGGAGAUCUACUCCAAAAUCAAUAAAGAAAAGGUGAAAAUAAUACCCAAUGAAAGAAUAUUACCCACUGUUGGACAAAAUGUAGGCUAUAUAAAAGCAUCGAAAGACACAAUUCUUAAAUUCUGGGAUGUAGGUGGUCAAACCGAGCUAAGGUCGAUGUGGGCAAAUUACUUUGAAUUGGCUCAUGGAAUUAUAUUUGUCGUUGAUAGUUGCGAUAGAGAUAGAAUAGAAGAGUGCCAAAGGGAGUUAUUAAAAAUACUAGAUCCAGAUGAGUCUCAAUUCCAAAGUGUAGGUGAAACGGACCAUUAUAUUGAUAAAAGUAUUCCAAUAUUAAUGUUGGCAAAUAAACAGGACAGGCCUGAACAUUUGGAGGUUGAAGAUAUAAAAGAGAUUUUUAACAGAAUUGCAGAACACUUGGGUGCCAGAGACUCAAGAGUCUUGCCCAUUAGUGCUCUAACUGGCGAUGGAGUUCAAGAUGCUGCUGAUUGGUUGCUAAUCAGAUUAGCAAGAAAUAAGUCAAAUAGACCUCCGAAGUAUAAAUAA